AUGGCACCAAAGAAAGCUAAAGGAGGAGGAAAGAAGGGAGGAUCUGGAGGAGAUGAAGGUGGAUCGCACCUGCUACUGAAUCAGCGUCCGAUAGAGGCAGCACCUCCGAAGAUAGACCUAGGCAAGGAGACGCAAAAGUUAGACUCACGGGUAGCAAAAUGCAGAGCUGGCGUUGCAUGGGUCAAUCUGCUGCAGAUCGGAGACACCCUAAAGUUCGGCGUGUACAACGAUCGCCCUGAAAACGACGCGGAAACGAGCAAACUGGUGGCGGCGUUCAAGACCCGCAUCGUGCCUAUGAAAGAAACAUCAGCAAUCCCAAUCAUUGUCGAUCUUAAGCGGGUUGGGAACAAGGACUCACUGUUGCAAACGUUUGAUGAGCCGGAGAAGUCGCGUCUGGUCAGCAUCGUCUCUCGGCGUUGA